CUGUGUUCAUAUUUUAAUCUGAGUCUAAUGGGGUAUUUCCACUACAUCCACUAUUGGUCACACACCACACGUGCACUUUAUUUCCCUCGAACGUGGUUGGAAUCGUAUUAGAUUUUAUAUUUUAUUUGGAUAUCACGGCUCACCAUGGUGCGGCCCAACAACAACCAGCUGCCGGAGAACCUGCCGCAGCUGCAGAACCUGAUCAAGCGGGAUCCGGAGUCGUACAGCGAUGAGUUCCACAUUCAGUACCAGCACUUCCUCAGUCUGCUGGAGGUUUUCGCCCUCAAUCCCAGCGAGGAAAACAAAUCCCUGGACGACAUCGUCAUGUUCAUUGCCCAGGUGGCCCAGUGCUAUCCGGUUGUGUGUGAGCAAUUCCCAAAGCGCCUGUCCGAUCUGCUGAAGAACUACGCCACGGUGCUGGAUCCGGCCAUGAGGAAUUGCUUCGUCAAGGCUUUGAUCCUGUUGAGGAAUAAGAACUUAGUUCCGGCACUGGACAUCCUAGAGCUCUUCUUUCAGCUGCUGCGGUGUCCAGAAAAUCUGCGAACCUUUCUGCAGACGCACAUCGUGACAGACAUUAAGAACAUGAACGCCAAGCACAAGGAUAUGAAGCUUAAUUCGAGUCUUCAAGCCUUUAUGUACUCCAUGCUCAAGGACGCCAAUCCCAAGGCCGCUAAGAUGUCAGCAGAUAUCAUGAUUGAGCUGUACAAAAAGAACAUCUGGAAUGAUACUAAGACUGUGAACGUCAUUGCCACCGUUGGCUGCUUCUCCAAGGUGACCAAGGUUCUGGUCACCUCCCUGAAGUUCUUCCUUGGUCACGACGAAGAAGAUGAGGGCUCUGAUUCGGAGAGCGAGAAUGAGAUUGAUCUGAAGGGAGCUCUAAUGGCAAAUCGGGUCAACAAGAAAACCAAGAAACGUCAGAAACAGCUUGCGCAAAUCAAAAAACAGGCUGUGAAGGCACAAAAGAAGAAAAAGAAUGCACCGGCAUUUAAUUUCUCGGGCAUUCACCUAGUCCACAAUCCGCAGGGCAUGGCCGAAGGUCUAUUCAAGCAGCUGCAGGCCAGCAACGAGCGGUUUGAGGUCAAGUUAAUGCACCUGGACGUUAUUUCACGCCUGAUUGGCAUCCACGAUCUGUUUCUAUUUGGUUUCUACCCGUACAUUACUCGCUUUUUGCAGCCCCAUCAGAGACAGGUGACCCGAGUGCUGCAGUUCGCCGCUCAGGCGUCCCACGAACUGGUGCCCGGUGACAUCAUUGAGCCGAUUCUGAAGACAAUUGCCAAUAACUUUAUCACGGAGCGCAACUCCAGCGAUGUGAUGGCCAUAGGCUUGAAUGCCACCCGUGAGAUCUGCAUGCGUUGUCCGCUGGCCAUGGGCGAGGAUCUGCUUCAGGACCUGGCCAUGUACAAAACGUACAAGGAAAAGUCCGUAAUGAUGGCCGCCCGUUCGCUGAUCACACUCUACCGGGAACAGCUGCCGAAGUUGCUGCACAAGAAGGACCGCGGCAGGCAGACAGAGGCCCAGGCCGAACGUAAAGUUCGUGCCUACGGAGAUCGUGAAGUUCAUGACACAGUGCUCGGUGCCGAGGCGCUGCUCAAGGAUUCCAAGACCAUUGACAUUGACAGCGACGAAGACACCGACUCUAACGACGGGGAGUGGGUCAAUGUCACGCACAGUGAUGGCGAAGGAGGAGGUGCAGAUGAGGAUGACGAAGAGGAAGUCGAUGAAGAUGACGACGAUGAAGACGAGGACGAGGAUAACAGUGACGAGGAAGAGGAGGAUGGAGAAAACUCAGACGAGGGCGUGGAGAGCGGAGAGGAGUCUGUUAAAGCAAAGAAGGAGAAGAAGGAUGUAAAGAUCCUCAACCAAAAGGAGGCUGCCCAAGAGCUGGCCCUUACCCGGAUCUUCACUGACGAGGAUUUCAAACGCAUUAAUGCGGCCAAUCUAAAGAAAACAGUGACCAGUGCCCGCAAGCGACCGCUGGAGCAGGAUCGUGCCGAAUUCGUCAAACUGAACAGCAUCGAGAUGAUCUACAAAAAGCGUAAGCACGACAAGGAGUCGCGCCUGGAAACUGUGCAGGCGGGUCGGCAGGACCGCGAACGCUUCGGCUGGAAAGACGGGCGUGUAAACGAGCACUGCUCCAAGACGAAUCGCGAAAAGCGCAAAACCAAGAACUUUGGCAUGCUGCGACACAAGGCACGCUCAAAGGUUAAGAAGAGCUUCAAGGACAAGCAGCAGGCUCUUAGGAAGCAUCUCCUGCAUCAGAAAAAGAUGAAGUAGCAGCCGCAUAUGUCCAUUACAUGCGAAUAUGUAAAUGUGGUUUAAAUAAAAACUAAUC